CCACGUAUUUCUACAUAACCGAGGGAAGAAAACCUUUGAAACUACUGCAUCCAUGGCGAACUCUGGUUAUGGCCUCGACGGCAUCUUCAGAUCCUUGAGGCCUCCAUUUACUGCUCCCGACGCCCCUCACCUUUCUCUCCUCUCCUUUCUCUUCAGGAACGUUUCGUCUUUCCCUCACAAACCUGCUCUCAUCGAUUACCACACCGGCGAAACCCUCACCUUCCGUCAAUUCAAGUCCGCCGUUUCCAGAGUCGCCAAUGGCUUGCUCCACCUUGGCCUCGCCAAAAACGACGUCGUUCUCAUAUUCUCCCCCAAUUCCAUCCACUUCCCUAUCUGCUUCUUCGCCGCUAUCGCCGUUGGCGCCGUCGCUACCACCGUUAAUCCGAUUUAUACCGUCGCGGAGCUAUCCAAACAGAUUGAGGAUUCCACCGCGAAGAUUAUCUUCACCGUCGAGGAUUUGCUGCCGAAGGUUAGGGAUUUCGGGCUGCCGGUCGUUCUAUUUGGCGCUGAGGAGAAGCCAGUUCUUCAAAUUGGACGGAUCCCCUCGAUUAUCCUGUUCUCGGAGCUCCUAAACAGCGGAGGAUCCUUUGAUUUGGACAGCAAUCCGUAUGGAAUCAGGCAGGACGACACUGCUGCGCUUCUCUACUCGUCCGGCACGACUGGAACGAGCAAGGGCGUGGUGCUCAGCCACCGGAAUUUCAUCGCCGCUGCGCUGAUGGUCUCCGCCGACCAGGAUAUGGCCGGCGAGAUGCACAACGUGUACCUCUGCGUUAUCCCUAUGUUCCACAUCUUCGGCCUCGCUGUUAUUCUGUACGCUCAGUUGCAGCGCGGUAAUGCCGUCGUCUCCAUGUCGAAGUUCGAUCUGGAAUCGAUUCUGAAGGCGGUGGAGAAGCACAGAAUCACGCAUCUGUGGGUGGUGCCGCCGAUCAUACUUGCGUUGGCAAAGCUCAGUUCUGUGAACAAAUACGACCUUUCGUCGUUAAAGCAGAUAGGAUCAGGCGCCGCCCCUCUCGGCAGGGAAUUGAUGCAGGAUUGUGCCAAGAAUUUCCCACAGGCUGUUGUUUGUCAGGGCUAUGGAAUGACGGAAACUUGUGGCAUUAUCUCUAUAGAGAAUCCCUACACCGGGCCUCGGCACUCUGGUUCGGCUGGAAUGCUUGUCCCUGGAGUGGAGUGUCAAAUUGUUAGUGUAGACAAAAUAAAGCCACUUCCUCCCGGAGAAAUGGGGGAAAUUUGGGUCCGGGGGCCAAAUAUGAUGAAAGGUUACUUUAACAACAUUCAGGCCACAAAACUAACAAUUGACGAACAGGGAUGGGUACACACCGGAGAUCUUGGAUACUUUGAUGACGAUGGUCAGCUGUAUGUUGUCGACCGUAUUAAGGAGUUGAUCAAAUACAAAGGUUUUCAAGUCGCUCCAGCUGAACUCGAAGGGCUGCUCAUAUCUCACCCUGAGAUACUCGACGCUGUUGUCAUCCCGUUCCCAGAUGCGGAAGCAGGUGAAGUUCCCGUCGCUUAUGUUGUUCUAUCACCUAACAGCUCACUUACCGAACUCGAUGUCAUCAAGUUCAUUUCAGAGCAGGUUGCCCCAUUUAAACGAUUGAGAAGAGUCACGUUCGUUAGCAGUGUCCCGAAAUCGGCGUCGGGGAAAAUUCUUCGUCGGGAGCUUAUUAACAAGGUUCGAUCUAAAAUAUGAAACGGCCGUUUGUUGGACUUACGUUGGCGAAUUUUGGGAUGCUCGACUGCACCCACCUAAGGUAUGUUGCAUUAGUUUUAAGCAAUUAAUUGAGUGAUGUCGAAUUGAAUCUGCGUUGCCCUGCCAAAUGGAAAAUUUGUGGAUGUUUUUGCUUGUCUUUGUUUCUCUUUUUGUACAUAACGAUAUAAUGUAAUUUUUAUUUUAAAAGAAAAUAUAUCAUAUUACAUGUAAAUUUUUAUAAAUACAUAUUUUAAAAUGUUGG